AUGGCCUACGUGGUGCCCAUCCACCGCGCUAGCGGCAUUCGCCAUGCGGUCAAGCUGAACUUUAUGAAUGCAGAGGAUGACUGCUUGGUUCUCGCAAAAGCAAAUCGCCUCGAGUUCUACACCCUCACCCCUGAUGGAAUGACACUCGCAGCCACCCGCGUGCUCUUCGCGCAGGUGACGAUGCUCGCCCGCCUUCCCGCUCCGGCCAACUCGCUGACCGAUCAUCUCUUUGUGGGCACCGACCAGUAUAAUUACUUCACGUUAGCGUGGAACGCCGAGAAGAAUGAUAUCCAGACUGCCCGCUCAUACCAGGAUAUUUCGGACCCGGCCUCCCGGGAGGCUCAAACGGAGCCACGGUGUCUCAUUGACCCGAGCGGGCGCUUCAUGACGCUUGAGAUUUACGAGGGGAUCAUCGUUGUCAUUCCGAUUAUCGAGCCGAGCAAGAGGAAAGGACGGGUCUCGCACGCGGCUGGGCAAGGUGAUGCCCCGCAGGUUGGAGAACUGGGUGACCCGACUGCCUCACGCAUCGAUGAGCUGUUUGUUCGAUCAUCAGCGUUUCUUCAUUCCGGGUCAAAUCAGCCAUGGCUGGCGCUGUUGUAUGAAGAUAAUCAGAAAAAGGUCCGGCUGCGGAUCCGAGAGCUGGAGUAUACUCGGGCUACAUCGAGUUCUUCUGCGGACGCUACGUUCAAGGAGGUGCAGGAGAAGAAGCUGGAGGGUGGAGUGUUUGCACAUGAGCUCGAUAUGGGAUCGUCACAUCUGAUUCCCAUCCCGGCACCCCUAGGUGGUCUCAUUGUUCUGGGAGAAACAUCAAUUAAGUACAUUGACGAUAAUGCGAAUGAUAUGAUCUCGCGCGAUCUCGAUGAAGCAACCGUCUUCGUGGCCUGGGAGAAGGUCGAUAGUCAGCGAUGGCUACUGGCUGAUGACUACGGGCGGCUAUUCUUCCUCAUGAUCGUUUUGAAUAGCGAGGGCAAUGUCGAGGACUGGAAGCUCGAUUACCUUGGCAGUACAUCGCGUGCGACAGUACUUGUCUAUCUCGGUGGAGGAGUUCUCUUCGUCGGUUCGCACCAGGGCGAUUCGCAGGUUCUCCGCAUCAACAAUGGCGGGUUUGAGGUCAUUCAGACAUUGUCCAACAUCGCUCCCGUUCUGGAUUUCACUUUGAUGGACCUGGGCAACCGCACCAGUGAGAGUCAUACACAUGAGUUCUCGACCGGGCAAGCUCGGAUCGUGACCGGCUCCGGUGCAUUUGACGACGGUACUUUGCGCAGCGUGCGAAGCGGUGUCGGCAUGGAAGAGCUGGGUGUAUUGGGGGAGAUGGAUCACAUUACGGAUCUCUGGGGUCUGCAAUCCCAAAGUACAGGCGGAUUUCUCGAUACGCUCCUUGUGACGUUCGUUGAUGAAACCCGCAUUUUCCGCUUCAGCGUUGAUGGAGAAGUCGAGGAGCUAGAGGAUUUCCUGGGGCUUUCCUUGACUGAAAGCACUCUCUUAGCGACAAACCUUCCGGGUGGUCGAAUCCUGCAGGUCACAGAGAAGCGAGCUGUGAUAGCCGAUCUCGAAAGUGGGAUGGUCACCUUUGAGUGGACUCCACCCACGCAAAAAGCAAUCACUGCCGCCUCAGCCAACGAUGAUAACCUCGCCCUGGUCAUCAGCGGUCAGGUUUUAGCAUCCUUUGACAUCCAGAGUGAUGUGAGCCUUAUCACUCAGAAAAAUCUCGGUGCAGACCAGCAGAUUUCGGGCGUGACCGUCCCGUACAAGCCGGCAGGUGUGUGUAUCGCCGGAUUCCCCCAAUCAGCAAAGGUGUCAGUCCUGGCCAUCAAUGACCUUGCCGAACUCCAGAGCAAAUCAUUAGGUCCGACAGGAGAGGCAUUCCCUCGAUCUGUCCUUGUGGCGGACGUUCUUGCCGACAGCCCUCCCACCCUGUUUGUCUCCAUGGCCGACGGAAGUGUUAUUACAUUUGCGUUGGAUACCAAAAACUUCUCACUAACAGGCAUGAAUAAGUUGAUUCUCGGGUCUGAACAGCCAACAUUCAAGAAGCUACCCCGAGGAGAUGGCUUGUUUAACGUCUUCGCAACCUGCGAGAACCCCAGUCUGAUCUACGGCUCCGAAGGCCGGAUUAUAUACUCUGCAGUCAAUUCUGAAGGUGCAUCUCGCAUCUGCCAUCUGAACGCAGAAGCAUAUCCCGAAUCUAUCGCCGUGGCCACUGCCAAAGAGCUAAAGAUUGCACUGGUGGAUAAGGAGCGCACAACCCAGAUCCAAACGCUACCGAUGGGAUCGACUGUGCGUCGUGUUGCCUACUCUCCAUCCGAAAAGGCGUUUGGCCUUGGUACGAUCGAUCGCAAGUUGGAAGAUGGUGUUGAGAUCGUGAAGAGCCAUUUCGUCCUUGCUGACGAGAUCAUGUUCCGGCGCCUGGAUGCGUUGGAGCUCAAUCCGGACGAGCUGGUCGAGAGUGUUAUUCGAGCUGAGUUCCCAGUUGGUAAUUGUGAGACUAAAGAUCGGUUCAUUGUCGGUACGGCGUUUAUGGAUGAGGAUAAAGAAGGGUCAAUCCGCGGGCGGAUUCUGGUGUUGGAGGUGGACCAUGGGCGCAAGCUGACCCAGGUCGCCGAGAUGCCGGUCAUGGGUGCAUGCCGAGCAUUGGCCAUGAUGGGUGACCGGAUUGUCGCGGCGCUGGUGAAGACUGUUGUCGUCUACAAGACAAUUGAUAACAACGCUGGAGCGCUCAAGCUCGAGAAGCUCGCCACCUAUCGAACAUCCACUGCACCCAUCGAUGUCACCGUUAUCGACGACAUGAUCGUGGUGGCUGAUCUCAUGAAGAGUGUCUGCAUUGUGAAGUACGUCCCUGGCGAGGAUGGGGUCAAGGAUGAGCUGAAGGAGAUCGGCCGCCACUAUCAAACAGUCUGGAGCACGGCCGUGGCCUCUGUCGACAAAGACACGUUCCUACUCAGUGAAGCCGAAGGCAACUUGAUCGUCCUGUCCCGCAACACCAACGGCGUCACUGAUCAAGACAAACACCGGCUCGUGCCAACAAGCGAGAUCGCCCUGGGAGAGAUGGUCAACCGCAUCCGUCCGAUUCACAUCCCCCAGCUGGCCAGCGUCUUGGUGACCCCGCGAGCAUUCAUGGCAACAGUUGAGGGAUCGAUCUAUCUCUUCGCGCUCAUCAACCCAGAGCACCAAGAUUUCCUAAUGACCCUCCAAAACGCCAUCGCCAGUAAGGUGGACUCGCUGGGCGACCUGCCUUUCAACAAGUUCCGCGCCUUCCGUACGCUUGUUCGCUCCGCCGACGCGCCAUAUCGAUUCGUGGAUGGCGAGCUUAUCGAGCAAUUCUUGACCUGUGAUCCUAGCCUGCAAGAGGAUAUCGUGGCGGAGGUGGGCUCGGGCGAUGUAGAGGAGGUGAAGAGAAUGAUUGAAGCGCUGCGCCGGCUGCAUUGA